GGGAACCUGCAGGACAUUGUGAACAGAGGCAGUCUGCAUGAAUUCCUCGUCAGUCUGCAUCAGGAGUUUGGGUCUGUGGCGUCGUUCUGGUUCGGCGGUCGGCCAGUGGUCAGCCUGGGCUCCGUAGACCAACUACGGCAACACAUCAACCCCAACCACACCACUGACUCCUUUGAGACGAUGCUGAAGUCGUUGCUAGGUUACCAGUCAGGGAUGGGAGGCGGCGCCACAGAGACCGUCAUAAGGAAAAAGGUGUACGAGAGUGCAAUCAACAACACACUGAAGAACAACUUCCCUCUUGUGCUCAAGCUGGUGGAGGAGCUGGUGGGGAAGUGGAAGUCAUUUCCAGAGUCUCAACACAUCCCUCUGUGUGCUCACCUGCUGGGUCUGGCCUUGAAGACGGUCACUCAGCUGGCUCUGGGCGAGAGCUUCAGAGACGACGCCAAGGUCCUCUCCUUCCGCAAGAACCACGACGCGAUCUGGUCUGAAAUCGGAAAAGGCUACCUGGACGGCUCCCUGGAGAAGAGCUCCACUAGAAAAGCUCAUUAUGAGAAGGCUCUGUCAGAGAUGGAGUCGGUGCUGCUGUCGGUGGCGAAGGAGAGAAAAGCGCAGAGGAAGCAGACGGCGUUUGUGGACGUUCUGCUUCAGUCCAGCCUCACAGAGCGACAGAUCAUGGAGGAGUGUAUGGUUUUCACUUUGGCCGGAUGCGUCAUCACUGCCAACUUGUGUAUCUGGGCUCUUCACUUCCUGUCCACCUCAGAGGAACUCCAGAACAAACUGCACCAGGAGCUGGACGAGGUUUUGGGUUCAGACCCAGUUUCUUUGGACAAAAUCCCUCAGCUCAGAUACUGCCAGCAGGUCCUCAACGAGACGGUGAGGACAGCCAAGCUGACCCCCGUCGCGGCUCGUCUUCAGGGAGUGGAGGGCAAAGUGGAUCAGCACGUCAUCCCCAAAGAGACUUUGGUCAUCUACGCUUUGGGAGUCGUGCUGCAAGAUUCGGACACCUGGAGCGUCCCCUACAGGUUUGACCCGGAUCGAUUCGAGGAGGAAUCAGUGAGGAAGAGCUUCUGUCUGCUCGGAUUCUCGGGGAAUCAAACGUGUCCAGAGCUCAGCUUCGCCUACACUGUAGCUGCUGUCCUGCUCAGCACGUUGGUGCGUCAGCUGAAGCUC